AUGGCGCACUCAUUGUUUUUCAGGGGAUUUCCGGGUGUUCCACACCUUCUAGAAGUGCAAUUUGCCUUAGCCAACGGUCCAGUUUUUAUGGGAUGUUUCAUUUAUCGGAACUCAUUCGCCUUUCAUAAUUUGGACAAAAUGACAACAUGUCUUAUUCACAUCCUUCCUCCACUUAUCUCUUACUGUAUUCGUUGGUUCCCUGAGGCGUCAUCGGUUUGGUGGUGGCAUAAGUUCGAAGAUACGUCUGCCGCACCCCAAGUGGAGAAUUGGUACCAUGUGAAUAACUGGAUCUACCUCUAUGCCAUUCCGAACGCUGUUUUCAUAGUUCAUUGCAUCAUCUACCAUGUGGUUGUGCACGUCAUCUUCAAGCCCUCCGAAAAGUAUAACGACAGUUACCGGUAUCUCUGCACUAAAACCACUAUCGUGCAGAAGCCAAAACAGAAACUGCCUCCCAACUUCUUCGUGCACACGGCCAUGCUGUUUGUCAUCUUCUUCGACAUGACCUGGAACGGAGCAUGCUACUUUGUUGACUACCUCCCGACUCUGGCGCUGAGGAAAGCCAUUGCCGACGGCACCAUACCGGCUCCGCAGGCACAGACCAGCGGUGCAAAGUCUGGUAAAGGCGACGAGACCGACGAUGAACUGGAUGGUGACGAGAUAGAGGUGGGAGACGAGGCCUCUGUGGAAUACGAAAUGGGUGAUAGUGAAGACGAAGAUUACUGA